UUCCGUUUCCUGCACAGUCUGUAGCGCGGAUGGCUAUUGGACCUGUGAGGGUGACAGGGUUCCCUGUGCCGCUGGGCAGGUUUGCGCUUCAUCUUAUAAAGAAAUGACCCGUAUAGAUGGAAAGAAAUGUAACGAGAUUAUCAGAUACUGCUUGGAGCCAAUGAAGUGCGGAGUAAAUGCGUAUUUUAGCUACACCAACCACAGAGGCAGGCAGUUCCUUAGCUGCUGCGACACGGAUCUCUGUACCCCCCCUCAGCCCACGUGGACUGACAGCCAAACAAACGGAUUGACGUGCCCGACAUGUACAAGUGGCAGCCAUGACUGUAUGCCCAACGGGAGCAUCGCGUGCGUGGGGGCGGAGAGCAAAUGUAUUAAGCAAACGACGAUAUACAGAGGCCCCUGGACACAACAAUAUAUAUAUACCUACCGAGGGUGUAGCAGCGAGAGUGUCUGCUCAUUGGGCAACUGGAAAGAGAUUUCUGAAGGUUCCUCUACAGAGAGUGUUGCUACCUGCACCGACCCAGAGCCUGGAACCGCCAAUGGGAGCGCGGGGUUUCCCAGCAUAUUUGCUCUGCUAGCGGCCAAUUGCUUUGUGCUGGGAAUUUUAGACCCAAUUGGAUAGAGGGAUAAUCUGUACCCCCCACCCAUCAGCAUUACUGAAUCAAUUAUCAUAGAAUUAUCAUGGAAUUAUCAUAGAAUUAUCAUGGAAUUAUCAUAGAAUUAUCAUGGAAU